AUGACCGACGCCAUGAGAGAGAAGAAACACCCGCAAUCCAUUAAGGAUGAUAUUGACAAGUCCAGCGUUGACCAUGGGGCCCUGGAACAGAUGGAAGAGUCAUUUCAAUUCUCCAUUGCUGAAGAGAAGAAGUUGGUCUGGAAGAUCGAUCUCAUGAUCCUUCCCAUUAUGCUCGUCGCCUAUAUGAUGUCCUUCUUGGACAAGCAAACUCUCAGCUACACCUCCCUGAUGGGUCUGCGUGAGGAUCUCCAUCUAGAGGGGUCCGAGUACAGUUGGACGUCCAGCAUCUUCUACUUUGGAUACCUGUUCUUCUCAUGGCCUGCAUCUCUGCUGCUGGUCAAAUUUCCUCUGGGGAAAUAUCUAGCCUGCAACUUCAUUCUCUGGGCUCUCGUCCUCGCCUGUCAUGCUGCUACCACCAACUUCGCCGGACUAAUGGUUGUUCGAUUUUUCCUUGGCUGCACCGAGGCCAGUGUCUCGCCAGGAUUCAGUCUGAUCACCUCCCUCUGGUAUCGCACCUCCGAACAGCCACUGCGCCAUGGAAUCUGGUUUUGCGGAAACUCCAUCUCCCUGGUCAUCGGCAAUCUAAUAGCGGUGGGAAUCUGGCAGAUUCACGGCGGCUUGAGACCAUGGCAGUGGCUCUUCAUCAUCUUCGGCCUUGUCACCUUUAUCUGGGGCAUCCUCAUGCUCUUCCGACUUCCUGAUUCCCCUUCGACUGCCAAGUUUCUAUCAGAAGAGGAGCGAGUCAUCGCAAUGGCGCGUCUCAAAGCCAACAAGGCCGGGUAUAAGAGUAAUAAGAUCGACUGGGACCAAAUCACCGAGGCCAGUCUGGAUAUCAAGACGUGGUUGUUUGCUCUGCUCGUUCUGGCUUCGAAUAUUCCGAACGGUGGAUUUACCACGUUCAAUGGCUUGAUCCUCCAAGGCUUCGGGUUAUCUACCUUCCACACCUUGCUAUUAGGAAUGCCCGGAGGAGCCGUGGUGUUCGCAUUCGUCCUCGUCUUCUCAAUUAUAUCCUCCAAAAUCCCUAAUAGUCGCUGCAUCGUCAUCGCAGUCGUCAACUGCAUAAGUGUCCUCGGCAGUGUCCUCAUCUACGCCACCUCCUCCAUGGCUUCUCGCUACGCUGGUCUCCUCCUCAUGGGGGUGUACUCUGUCGCUAUGCCCCUGUCCAUGGCCAUGAUCAGCUCGAAUAUCGGCGGUUUCACCAAACGGGCUACCGUCAGCGCUGUCUAUUUCAUCAUGUACUGUGCGGGGAACAUAAUCGGACCGCAGUUGUUUUUUGAUAGGGAGGCUCCGAAAUAUCAGAGCGGCUUUUUAGCAAUCAUCGUCUGCCUAGGCGUAGUGGUGGUGGUGUCGGUAGUCCUAUUACUCUAUCUCCGAUGGGAGAAUCAACGAAGAGAUCGAAUGAGAGAGACACAGACGCAGACACAGACACAUGAGGAUGGAGUGGCUGAUAUUACGGAUUUAGGGAAUAGAGAGUUUCGAUAG